AUGACGUCACAAGAGAAUAUCACGUUCAUUGGUCGAGAGAAGGAGCUGUCAGAGUUGCAGACGGCAUUGGAAUCUGGUAAAAAGAUCGUUCAAAUAACAGGCCAACCCAUGGUUGGGAAAACAGAAUUAGCAAAACAGAUAUUGAAGAAAAUGGAAGAAAGUUACAAAGAAGAUCAGUCUGUUUUGCAUAUACAUGAUAUUAGUGUUAGAAAUGUCAAGAGUAUUGAACCAAUCAUUUCACAGCUUGUUAAUCUGUUUACCCUAUCAAAACAAUCGUAUCAUGCACUAGAUCAAUCACAUAUUCAAAAAGACAAAUCAGCGGUCGCCUAUGAUUGCUGUUCUCCGAGUAGCCAAUUAACAUCACCGUUUCAACGUAUAUUGGACAUUGUUCAUAACACCAAACAUCAUCACCUCAUACUAUUGGAUAAUGCAGAAGAUAUAUUAUUGGCUGAAAAUACAGCAAAAACAGAGUUUAUUGAUUCCAUUCUAAAUUUAAUCGAAGAAUCAUCAGAUUUGGUUCAGGUUUUAGUCACAACAAGGUUUAAAUUUCGAGUUGUCAACCACAUUGUUCUCUACUCGCUGGAUCUCAAACCACUUCAACCAGAAGAUGCGGAAACUCUCUUAGAAUUAGUUGCAGAAGGUGUAAACAUUCAGAAAUAUAAAGUUAAACUUGCUAAUUUAUGCAGUUUUUUGCCCAAAUUGUUGAUUGUUGCUGGUUCAGCACUGCGAAAUGGACAAUAUACUCCGACAGAGCUUUCUACCAGGUUGGAAAAGAGAAUGUCCAGUCUUGAUGAAUGCUCUGACAAAAAACUGCUUGUGAUUGACACAUUUAUGGAUGCUUUGUCACCAAUAUUGCAAGAGAAAUCCUCUGAAUUGCAGUAUAUUCCAGGGUCCUUUGGACCACGUCUAGCGGCUGCCGUGACUGGCAAACCGAGUACAGCCACAGUUAAACAGGAUGUGUUGAAUCCUUUAUGUAAACGUUCUUUAUUAGACAAAGAGAAUGUUGAAAUCGAAAUCAGCGAUGCGUUUGAUACACUUAGGUACGACAUCCACCCGUUUAUUCGUGAGUACAUCAGAGACCAUUUCUCACAUUUACACGAUGAAGACUUAGUCCGUGAUCGCUUUUGUGACUUCUUCGCCGAUUUACUGCAUCAGAUGUCAAGUUACAUUGAUCGGAAACCGAAGAGCACAAUUCCACUACUAAGCAUUGAGAUGCAGAACAUUGCAAAGUUUUUACGAGAGGCGAUGCAUUGUGGAGACGAACGUUACCACGUAAUGAUUAACGUAGCACAACAUGCCGAGUACCUCUUGAUGAAUUUUCUACCAUCUGCUGGAGCAGUAGAAUUCUAUGAAGCAUGCGUGAACUCAGCCAGAAUGCAGAAUGAUCCGGCUGAUUGUGCUGUUAUGUUGCAUUGUUAUGGACAGGCACUUACUCAAAUUAGAGGUAAUUGGCAGGAAGCAAGCGAUAAUUACAAUGAAGCCGCUGAAUUAUUAUCACCAAUGACUGACAUGCAAGAUACAUUGGCACGAGUGUAUAGCAGUAUUGGAUGGAAUCGGCAUAUGCAGGGUAAAGAACGCCAGGCAUUGAGGUAUCUUUACAAAGCUUACGAUAUACAGAAAAGACUCGGCAUGAUACCCCACAGACACACUGCAUCCACACUAUCAAGUCUUGGUGUUGUACAUACAUUUGUCGGGGAGCUGACAGAAGGUGAAAAAUAUCACAUGAUGUCACUCUCGAUGCGUGGCAAGUUAUUCGGAGACCAUCCUAUUAUGGGUGGCAUGCAGAACGGUCUUGGUCUAUACUACAACCAACUGGGCAAUACUGAGAAAGCGUUUCAUUAUUUCAAGUUAUCUCUGCGAACCAAAAAACGAUUUAACAAGAAGCCUGCAAACGAUAUUGUGAUUUCGUUGAAUAACGUAGCCAUGGAAUACAGUAAGCGAGGAAACACGAAGAAAGCGCUAGAGUUGUUAGAUGAAGCUUAUGAAAUGAGACGCAAGAUGGGAGUGGAUCACCAUGAUAUGUCGCUAAUUUAUAACAACAGAGCUAAAGUUUAUUCACGCAUCGCAGAUUUAGAAAACGCGGAAGUAAAUUUUAAAAAAUCAUUGGAGAUUAGAAAAAAACGAAUGGGAGAACACACAUCCACCGCUAGCACGAUGCAUCUGCUGGGAGAAGUGAUGCUUCGUGCCGGUAAGCUUCAGAAGGCGAAGGUCAAUUUCAGAGAAGCAGUGGAGUUGAGAAGGAAAGUACUUGCCCAACAACCACAAAACGACGGCGUUGCAGAGUCCUUAGGUUACUUAACAGAAGCAUGCAUCCAACUGAAAAAUUAUAAAAAAGCUAGGGAGUAUGCCAAACAGACUGUGGCAGAGUAUAAACGAAUACAUUCUGUAUAUAUGGAAUGCAACAAAACUGCUAAAAUGAUAGAAAUUGAACAAAAAAUGGAAAUUGUGAAAGAUAAUUUCAAGUUAGCAUUAGAAACCAAAUUAUAG